AUGGUGCGAUGUGCUCCAAAGCAAAUUGGACUGAUCUGCAUUUGCUCACUGGAGACUGUAAGAAGAUUCUAGUCUUUGUUUUUAGAAUUUGCAAAACUCUUUUUAUUACCAUUUCUUCUGCAUACGGCACUGCACUGAAUUUUCCCUUGCAUUUUCUUGGUUUGAGCUAGUAGAACAUUUUUGUGCAGUUGUCAACUUUGUUCCCUUGAGCACAGUGCGCAAAACCACUGAAUAGGCCACUUCUAAAAAUACCAUUAUGUGUCAGUUUUUCAAAAAUUUGCAUGCUUAAUUUAUUUGCUUGCAAACACAAUUGUACUUAAGUUCAUGGUUGGCCAGCUAAAGUAUAGUUAAGUACCUUUGUCUUUUAAAGACACUUUCAGCAGAUUGGCGAUGAGAGAAGUGAGUUGGGAGGACUCUUUAGAUAAAGCUACAGGCUCUAGUGCAAGCCUCCUAUAUGUACUCUGAAUUCUAUUGUAACAAAAAAGGCCGGAAUAAUUAUACUUUAAAGAUUACUACAUGGCAUUCUUGGAAAUUGGCUGUUGCAUGUACAGUUUGUGCAAACAGCAAAAGAUAAUGUGAACCUCAGGUUUACAUGAAGCUCUACUAAAAUGAUAAUAGAUCAUUUUUCAGUUGUGAGCUUAGUAUCCCAGCCUUUGAGUGAAUGCAGGGCUCUCAACCCCCCACAUCAUCAAAUAUUGAGAAUUGAUGGGGAAGAAAUGAUAGAUGACAUCAUAUCACACAACAAAUGACAUCAUUUGUGCCAAAGUGCUCGUUGAUUCCGAGCAACGUAUAUAGCACAAAAACAGUUCAUAUUUAGCCACAUUAUUGCUUAAAUUACAGUGGCAUACCAGAAUUUAUGGGGAAAUGUUCCGGCAGUAGCUCAAACUACACAAAAUAUUUGAAAUUUUAUGGUUGGAAAGUUGAGUGUACGAGAAAUAGGAAUUUUGGCGAUUAUCCAGGAGAUAUCAGACUCUAAUCUGGAGACCAGGAGAUACGGUGCAAAAUCUGGAGUCUCCCUGAUUAUCCAGGAGAGUUGACAGCACUGUGAAUGUGAGGUUGAGGUUGACCUUGUUUUGAUACAAACCUCUUUCCUUUACUUUUGGAAAUUAUGCUUAAAGAAUGCCAGUUUGUGAAAAAAAUCAACUUGAUUUACAUAAUAAAGUAGGAAAGGUUGCAUCAAAACUAAACAGAGAGACUACUUGUAAAAGCCCGUAAGGGUUUCUUUAGUCUUCCUCCCAAAUUUAUUACAUUGUAACACACCGUAUGUACUGUAUAAUGUUAUGGGAAAUAAUAAACUCAACUUAAAACAAGGCCAACUCCAGUCUCGUUUCCACCUGUAACUGUAAUAUGCUCUAUUGGAGAAUAUUAUGGUAUUUUUCAAAGUGACCUUCAUGACUGUAUAUAAUGUUUAUCACCAUCCCCUCCCUUGUUGACAUACACUUCUAUACAUUCAGGAAAAAAAAAUUCAUGUCAAGAAAAGUCACCUUCAUUUAUGGAUGCAGCCCUUUCAGCACUAGGUUGGGAUCAACCAGGACUCUGUGUAACUUGAGAUCAUUUGAGAUUGGCUUGCUGAGGAAGAGUUUUUGUAAACUAAAGCUUAUUACGUUGUUUAUGGCUGCCAGGCUACCAUCUUGAAAGCAAAUGAGAAACUAAAUGAGAAGGAAUGGGCAAGGGGGAGGGGAAGAGAGGAGAGAGUAAAUUUAUAUUUUCCUCUCCUCCCUUUCCCUUUCCUCUAUUUUAAACCUGUUGUACUCCUCUCCCUGGAAUCAUUUAUUGCCUUGCCCCAACUCUUUGUCAAUUUGGAGAGCACUAUUGCCAAGAAUAGUAUGCUUGCUCCCACUGCAAACUACACCUGCUUUGCAGGCUAGGUUGUUAAUUUCUAACCCCAUGUAAAUUAUCUAUUUUUCCACUCCCUCUACUGACGUCAGAGGCAAACCUUUAAUAUACCCUACCCCUAACAAAUCUUCAAGAAUUAAAGCGUUCUGCAGUUGGUACACACUCAAUGACUCCUAUCAACACUGGGAGGAAAACGUGUGUAUAAGGUCUGGGCCUUAACCAUUAAUUUUCUAAUUUGCAGUCGUUUCUAAUAGGUAAGGAUGCUAACAAAACGGAUGAAGCCAUAUAUCAUCCCACGACAUCUUCUAUUUAUAUAACAACUGCAGCCCUUUGUUUACUACUAAGUACAGUCACACAAUUCAAGUAUAAUAGGUAAGUUAUAAUCAGGUGGAUAUGGUGUGGUUUAAUUUUAUCCUUGGUUUGAAUUUUAUUCCCUUUGUUUUUGGGGUAUAGUAAUGUAUGAUAAUAAGUUUAAAACAAAGGGAAAUAAAAUUCAAACCAAGGAUAAAAUUGAACCACAACAUAUACAAUUAGAUCCAUGCAAAAGUUUCUAGUUUGUUCUGACCCCUUGGUGUUUCAAGGGUACACUAUUAUUUCUGUUUGAACAUACCCUUACAGAGACUGACCCGGUGUAAUAAAGAAAGGAGGUUUAGUGUGGCAAAGUUACCAUGGAAGGGGUGGCUUACUGCAUAUUUUACCAGGAACAACAUUAUACAUCUGCCAAAGGUUAUUGUGAACUCAAUUCGCAUGCUUGUUCUCUUCACCAUCAUGAAAUAAUAUUUCCAUUUUUUGAGAUGUCACAUUGGUAGUAAUGAUGCUCAUUGUUAUUGAUAUUAGAAUGUUGAAAAGAAAAAAAGCAUACAUGAAUUUCGGUAGCUCUUAGUUUAAAAGGUGAAGAGCCUUUUGGUUGCUUCUGUACAAUUCUCUCCAAUGUCAUUGUUGUGAUGAAUUGCACAGUUUAUGCAUUAUAAAAUAAUAUAAAUUAUUGUUCAGUUAUAUCAUUUUAUUUUAGUGUCAAAGUCCUGAAUGUAACUGUAAGAAGCAAGGUUAUCUCUAACAUUCCAUGGAUCACCUACUUUAUUGUCCUGUUUAUGAGGUAAGUUAAUGAAUUGUGUCUCUGCCUAACCUUGGAGGUUUUUUGACAUGUCUUCUGCUUUCUCUUCUCCAAAUUAACCGACAAGAAAUUCAUUUAAUUGGCAAGGGUCAGCAGAUCUUUUUUACUGUAUAGAAUGGUAAAUUUGAUACUUUUUAUGAGGCCAAAAGAGUAUCUUAUUGACUCUGAGACUGUCAAAUUAAUCAGUUGACAGUUAAUACACAGUGGUUUACACUAAACCAAACCAUUUACAGAAAAAGGUAGUUUAAACUCAAAGUUUUCAGGAGAUUGUGCAGCCCAAUUCUUCCCCUCAUGUGCAAGUGCCUUUGGUGCAGAAUGAUGUUAUAGAAAAAUGGUCACGUUUUCUUCAGGGUCCACACCUGUUUCAGCUCUUCAAGUCCCAGACUUAACUGGAACUCCAAUUAGUACUGAAGCUUUCAAGGUCCAUACUAAAAUCAUUGAACAGAGAUGUGUGCUGCUUGAUUGCAUUAUUUACAGAAAUGAGCUUUACUUUCAAUCAUCUUCAGUUGCUAAAUUAUAUACAGUUUUAGAGAUUUUGAUAAGUUAUAUUUUUCAAAAUUUGAGGCUUCAAUUCUAUUGAGCAUAGGAUUUCAGUAUCUUCUAUAACUGUGCCAGUAAUUUCUGAGAUUUUGAGACUCAUGAAGUUAUAUUUUUGUGAGACUAGCCAUUUUUGGAUGGACUAUAUCUUUAUUAGUACAGCCACAAAACUAACGUGGAAAUACAUUAUAUUUUUUUUGACUGCAAAAUAUUAAUAAUCAAUAUUACUAAUGAAUGUUAUCACAGAAUACAAAUGUACUUUUUUAUAGGUCAGUUGUGGGUGCAGUAAUAUAUGCCAUCACACCUCCUAAUGAUUCUUCUCAUUAUAAGAGUCAACUGACAGCAUAUUUUAUAGCAGGUAAAUUCUGCAAACUGGUCAAAUGUUAUGAUUUAGUUUUAACACAGCAGCAAGGUAUGGCUUUCUUUCACUGUUGAUGGAAUUAUGGUAAGAUCUGAGACUCGCCAGGCUGCCGAGAUCCCUGCUUGAAAAUCUGCGACUCUAUAAAAAAGCUACAGCAGAAAGUUUCAGACCCUGGAAAAAGUACAAAAACAAAAUCCAUUAUCAAAAAGGCUUGUGAGACUUUGUAAUGUAUUUACUAUUGGAUCAAAAUUUUCUGCGACCCACAAUGUUCCACUGUAGGUAUAUCUCGCCAACCCUGAAAUUUUUAGCAAAGAGAAAUCUUACCACUAAAAAUUUGCUGGCUAUGCUGUUUAAAUCCCUGCAUUUAGACUACUACAAGAGAAAUUUCUGCAAUUUGAUUGGCUUAGAGCAGUGGUAUUUCAGCUUAACUUGAAAUACCUUAACAUGUGAAAAUUACAAACCUUUUGCAGGUAGUAGUAUAAACAAAUAAUAGCAUAAUUUGUACGUGAUAUUUGGCAUAAAAACACUCGUAGUAUUUCAAAAUUGUUUCAAAUUUCAAAAUAUCACUUGUGGUAUUUAUGCCAAAUAUCACUACAAAUCUUGCUAUUACCUAUACUAAUAUUUUAUUGUGUGAUCCUGGUGGGUUUGAGUAUUGUGUGAUAUGCAUGUUUUAGGAAAAAUCAUUUUGAACUUCCCAAGUUUUAGAUAAUAAUCAAAGUUAACUGUCAGAUGAUAGAUGAAGGGGACAUUGGGGGAUACCCAACACCGCAAUCCCAUAAGAAAAAUUGGCAGAUACCAAAAUACCGUGUCUAAAAUUGAUGAAAUACCGAUACCAUAUUUAUGAUGGGUCACGCUUACUUAAAGUUGUAUCCAUCUCACAUGUUAUUUUAUCUCAAGCAUGUAAACACCAAGAAUCAAUCUCAGCCAUUGUGAGAAAAUGUGAGAAGACAUUGAAUUGGUCAGUACAAUGAUCGAAAAGCCCGGUCAUUGGAUGUCCUACCAAUUUCAUCGUACUGUAGAUUAACCGUCACAAAUUGUGUAAUCAUUCACCAUUAAGUCCAAAGUCUGUCAGAUAUUGACCUGCACUAGACAGGAGAGCCAAAUGAAUGGUACCUUAAUACCGUGAAGGAUCUUCUUUUACCAAAUAUUGUUAGCCAGAAGGAUGAAAAACCGCAUACCGCAGGGCUAAAUGAUAGGGCAAUACUGCACAUCAAAAUCAAAAUUACUGAUACUGCUUGAAAAAAAGCUCAACACUGCAAUACAGUAAUCCCCCAUGUCCUCCCCAUAGACCAAAUCCAGGAAUGUCACAAAUGCUUUCGCUGAUAUAAUUAAAUUGUUUUCUUGCAUUCUUCAUUGCACUUCAGCGUGCAAAGGAAGGAGUGUCCGACUGUCUGGGGCUUGUGGAUUUUGCUAUACGCUCUUCUCACAUAUGGUAAUAUGCCCGUCUAACCUCGUUUACGGGUAAAAAUUCUUUUGAAAUUCAAAUACGAAAACGUCGUCUGAUUAGCAUUUCAAAGGAUUUUUUACUCAAAAACGAGGUUAGACGGGCAUAUUACCAUACGUGAGAAGAGCGUAUUGGGCUGGUGAAUUCUGUUCUGAACUCACCCUAUGGGCAAGUGACCUUUUUUGGGGAAUUCAUCCACAAUGUUUUUCGGGCUAGGUGAAAUGACUUUUGGGCUAAUACAUGUCAGCUACAGCUUGCCUGAAUGGCAAGCUGUAGAACUGACUUUCUUUGCACCCUGCACAGGUUGAUUAUAUUUGUUUUGGUUCAUCAUAAUUUUCAUGAUUUUGUUACAUUGGGUGAUUCCAGAAAAUAUCCAUACCACACCACGGGCGGCAUCUUGGAAUUCCGAGGGAGAGGGGGGGUUUCUUGGACUGGAAUUCCGAAGACGUGGGGGGGUAACGCAGUUUGGAAUUCCAAAGGCAUGGGGGGAGGGGGGGUGUUUCAGCUCUGAAUUCAGUGAAUUUCCAGAGGAAAGACGGCGAAAGCUCCCCUUGAAAUCGCUGACCUGUUAACAUUCCCAGUUUGUAAAUGAAGCACGAACCGACCACGAAAGAAGUAUGCGUUCAUGCAGAUGGGUAAGCAGAUGGGUUGUGCAGCGAGCUCCACAUCGAAGAGGCCUUAAAGUUGAUGAAUUAGUCAACUGAUUAAUAAAAAUAUAACCAAGUCGGUGUUUCUCGCCGAUUGUUGAUCGACGAUGUGUUGUUGCGUGCUGAAAACUCGCACCAGUCUCUCGUUUCCAAAUAGAACGCCUGACAGAUUUUGUAUUUCACGGAAUAUCGAUCGUAAACUUUACUCUUGUCAGCGUCCACUGGUAUCAAUACGAUCUACUCUUGAAAAUAUGACGGUAUUGAAUGGAAAACAAAAAGUUCUAUUAGGUGGUAAGCAGCUUAAAGAUAAUGCUUAGAAGGAAUAGCUACAGUGUACUAACGUUAACAAACUUGAGUUGCUUGAUCGUCUGACUAAAAAUUGCGAACAGAAUUCUUUUGCAGAGGGAAAAAGUGCAAGUUUCUCGUUCGUUUGAAGAUUUAGGCAGACGAACAGGAAUUCCAAAGGGUCUGAAACAAAAGUGGAAAAUUCCGGAGGAGAGGGGGGGUUAGCGAUNUCUUUUGCAGAGGGAAAAAGUGCAAGUUUCUCGUUCGUUUGAAGAUUUAGGCAGACGAACAGGAAUUCCAAAGGGUCUGAAACAAAAGUGGAAAAUUCCGGAGGAGAGGGGGGGUUAGCGAUUUUGGAAUUCGGAGGGCAAGGGGGGGAUAAGCAUUUUGGAAUUUCCGAGGGCAAGGGGGGGUUAAAAUUCUCAUGCCACCCGUGGUAGGGUAUGGAUAUUUUCUGGAAUCACCCAUUUGCCAUUGUUUUUAAACUCACUUUUUUCAGAUGGAGCUUUAAAGUCUUUGGAGGUAAACUCUUUACUCUUGAUAUUCUUGCACUUAGGUGAAUGUUAUCAUCAUUAUUUAAUCCUUAGUUCUAAGCACUUGGAAUGUUAAUUUUCAAGAGAGGAAAAAUUAGAAAGUACCCUAAUUGUUAAUCUCAACGCCUUAAAGUGUGGACUUUGUUUUUCCUUUCUUUUUUAUCAGACAGCUUGUUGUUUGAUUGGAUAAUUUAUUACAUUUUGUAGGUUUUGUGCUUGCUGUGGGCAUUAAAUCAUCAGAGGAUAUACAGAUCAGGAGGUAAUUUGAAAUAAAUUAAUUAGAAACAAUAUUAUUAAAAAUUCUUGUAGUUAUCCUUCCAAGAAAUAACUUCAAUCACAUGUACGCCUGGGCUGUUACAUGUACAUGUAACCUGAGUGAAAGCUUUCUCUUAAAGAUAUUUACACUAUAUGUAAGUAUCACUGUUAAUGAAGGUUAUAAACGCAUGAUUUAUGCCUUACUGAGAAAUAACCUAGUUGUAACUGAUUUUUUUGUCAGUUAUAGCUAAAACAGUAGAGUAAAAUGAUUCCAGGUGUUUUCAUACUGGAUCUGAUUUUUCACUUCUCACAAAUGCCAUGAAAAUAAGUCAGAGGAUUCUUUGACCUUACAUACCACAAAAAUUUCGUACCACAUAGCAACGUUUUUUAUUGCCUAUAAGGAACAUUAAUUUGUAUGUUCAUCAGGCACAGUUGGUGCUAAAUUGGCAUUUUUUUUACCCAAUUCAAGGAUCUAUGCAACAAGAGAUAAACAGUCUUAAUUCUGAAGAUUUAUCCAGUUCAUCGCAGCACGGUGGCUUUUCAGCAGCUACUAGGGUGAAUAUUCAGUUUUUUCUUAGUCUUAUUCUUAUAAAUUAUUCUCAAUAGGUGGUCAAUACCAUGAUUUCAAUAGAUAUUGAGCAGCGUUAUUGUGAAAUUUCAACAAUUUUGGGAAUACUGGCAACAUUAUCGAACUUUUAAAACUGAUCUAAAGAAACUUGAUCUUUCUGGUUUGACUUGUACUUGUGUAGACUUUCUCAAAGCCUGUUUCCGGUUUUUACUAGUGGGGUGGUCAUUUGGCUUAUGUCGCUUGUCUCACGACUUAUGUCGCGGCGCUCACACAGUCAACUUGUGGCAAGUCUAGUACUUGUGCUAUUCCUUACUUUUGUAAAUAAAUAUUUCUAUAUUAUGUUGUUUGUAGAAUUUUGAAUAUUACAGUAAUAUUAUUAUUGUUUUACUAUAUGGUGUACCUGGAAAAUUAAUUAAGCCAUAUUAUAAUGGUAUUGAACUUUCUUAAGUUCAUAAAUAAUUCAUAAAGAAAAUACAAAGGAAAUUACUGUUUAAUGAGUGUUUGGAAAUCAGAUGAGAAAAUUAUCAUUUUUGCAUCCUUAAUUUCUUCUGCUAAAAUCUCUUUGUUUGAUAAGUAAUAUCAAGCAUUCGACACAGUGUUUCAUCACCAGAUGAAACACCUCGUUUCCUCAAAAAUACUCCGCUGCACGUCGUAAUUUCAGGUCUCUUCUCAGUGUUUUAUCUGGUUAUGAAACACUGUGUCUUAUGCUACAUCCAUCUGAACAAAACUAAAGACAGAAGCGUUUUUGUUUGUCUCAUUUUCUUAUUUUCGUCUCCUUGUUUAGACUCUAAAGAACAGCAAAACUGAAGCUGUUUUUAUGGCACAAUUUAUCUUUGCCAUCCUGUUUAUGAUAUUAUUGGAAGAACUGUAAGUACAUAUCACCAUGUAUGUCAUGUUUAACAAUUAUUCCUCGAGCCUGAAUGGGCUCUGAGUCAAUAGCGGCCUCAUAGGCUAUUGACUCAGAGGCCAACUAGUUGGUCAAAAAAAUCGACAAUGAAAAAAUUUAAGCUGCUUAAAGAUAGACUUUAAUCCUUUUUGCGCCAAAAAGCCGGCGCUUUUCGCUACUAUUGGGCUAUGACAUAUAGCCUAGUAGUAGCUCAACCAAUCAGAACGCAGCAUUGAUCAUAGACCACUAGUUGGAUUUUACUAAAUAUUAUUAUUACCGUCAUACAUUUCCAUAACCUUCUGGACAUUGUUUCUCUUAUCUAGUCCUUUUGUUUUGUUUUCCCAUUGUAGACCAUUUGACGUUACCCCAGAGAACUAUUUAUCUCAAUUGUCAUCCUGUCCACGUGCGUUUGUCUGCAUAACUUAUGAAAAGACAAAAGGCAAAUUUCUUUGAGAACAUCACGUAGUCUGAAUUGCAGGAAAAGAAAAAGGAGGUCGUUGCCCUGUGUUCACGUCCUUCACAAAACUUGACAUUAGGGACUUUAAGAUCCAACGACGCGACGGCAAUGAGAACGUCGCUUAAAACGUGAAUUUCCGUUCUUCAGUCUACCUCGCAAUUAUUCCUACCCACUUACUUUGUCAAAUGUAGGCGAACCCUCCUGGAGUUGAAUUCCUACGCACCAUAUCCAAGUACAGUAAGAGAAAUAAAAUUUCUUUGUUGCUUGUUUAUGUCCUCGGUAAAACGCGAAAUUAGGCAUGUUCGUGUCGUAGUCGUGCAAAAACGGGCGGAGAAAUGUACAAAAAAUCAUGGUGCACGUGCAAAGUUGUUGUUUUGCUAAUCAAAACUAUUGUUUUUUUGACGUUCUCGUUACCGUCCGCGUCGUUGGAUCUUAAAGUCCCUAUUAGGCAGUUUCACGGAAUCGUUUUCGUGCAGUGACGGUAAGGAAAUGUACAAGAAAGCGUGAUACAAAUGUGAUACACGUGAAGAGUUGUUGUUUUCACUAAUCUUGCCGUCACCGUCGUCGUUGCUUAAGGUCCCUGAUAGAGACAUACCAGAUAGGACAUGCCGGAUCGCAGGCUACAUUCCUCGUGUCCGACUUAACCUUAUCUUGGCUUACCUUUUCAGGGAAGAAGUUAAUAAGGACGAACCUGGUCUGUUUUACUGGAUUUACAUGUCCUUUUUCUGGAGUCAAUGCAUCAGCACAGUUGUCCUGGCUGUUUUAAUCGCAGCAAAGAGAAAUGAAGACGGUCCAACAUUUGUGGUCAAGGUAAGGCCAGCUUAUAGGUAAUAUGGACUGUUCAUUUGAAGUCCACCUUCAAAUAUGCUCUUGAUUUGCAUUUAAUUUUCUUUGCAGUUACUUGUUAUUGCUGGAGUAGUAUUUACCUUGCCUGGGGAUAUUCCGUCAUUUAUCUGGUCAACAUGCUUGAGUUGCUCAUGUGAGUACUAAAAUAACUUCACUGGGAAACAGCUCAUAAAAUAAGGGAGGUCAAUGGAAAAACUUUGUUCAAACAAACGGAGAAGUGGAAGCAAUGUAUAUAUUGCCUUUUUGGAAGUUCUCAUUGCCGUCACCAUCGUGGUUGCUUAAUCUUGUUUAAUAAUGGUCCCCUGAUAAAUGUCUUAGCUCGAGAAGCUGUCUGGUACACAGUCGAAGCUCUCCUUGCGACCACUGUCGUAAGCGACCAGCUCUAGUUACGACCACCUUCAAUCAUGGACAAAAUUCUUUGGACACUUGUGCAUUUCUGGGGCUUUUUCCAAUUCAUACAGGCCCAACCCCUCCCCUCACAAACAACGUUGGACGCGUGUAUCCAGAAUUUUUUUCUGAGUUUCAACUUUGUACAGGGUGGGGGAAGAAAGAACUGCAAGAAAAUUUCGAAAGGGUGCACUGUUUUAUGAGGGAAAUUAAACUUUGCAAUGAAAAGCUCUCGUUAGCGACUACUUCCGUAAGCGGGCGCGAGAGGUCGCACGAGAGAGCCUAUUCUCGUAAGCGUAUAGCCUGGGACUAGGUUCCGCAGUGGGGAAAAAAAGCAAAAAACGGGGUCCGCAACCCUUUUUCCUCCCUAGACUACCUCUCGGCUCGCUUUGCUCGCCGAUUUUUUUUUUUUUUUUUUCGCCAACGCCGAUUUUUUCUCCUUUUUCCCCCAAUGCGAAGCCUGGUCCCAGGCUAGUAAGCGAGCAGCUCUUAUUAUGACCACUUUUUUAAUUUCUGAGGUGGUCGCUUACGAGAGCUUUGACUGUGCUAUUAACACCUAUCCAAUAUGCGAUCUCCUUUUNCUUUUUCCCACAAUGCGAAGCCUGGUCCCAGGCUAGUAAGCGAGCAGCUCUUAUUAUGACCACUUUUUUAAUUUCUGAGGUGGUCGCUUACGAGAGCUUUGACUGUGCUAUUAACACCUAUCCAAUAUGCGAUCUCCUUUUAGAGUUCGGCGCGGUACAGCUUCGCAUCGUUAGAGAAAUCGCGCCGAAAUCAUUGUUCUUACGUGUGAACAGAAUCCUUUUUUUAUCCGCUCGGAGAACGGGCAACAUGAACGUGCAACUUGUUUUGCAACAUUGCUGUAAAACGAGUUGAAAAGCGAUGUUGCGCGUUUUACUAGCGUCGUUCAAACCUGUCUUGCAACAAAUUAGGUGGUUGAAGAUUGCGAAAAGUUGUUGCGGGAGGUAGAGAGUAGUUCUACCUCUUGCAACAAAAUCUGUGCGUUUUGGGCGCUUUCCCAGUCCAAGGAAAACUUGUUUUGCAGCAAGUGACGUAACUCCCGUGUAUGGCGUGGUUUUAUCCAAUCAAAAAUCAGUAUUCAUGUAACUUACAACAACCUGACGGACAGGUUUCAUUUGUGGAUGGUAAAACGUCGUUUUGUAGCAAUGUUGCAGAACAAGUUGCACGUUUCUGUUGCCCGUUUUACCGUAGCUUUAACUCCCUUUGUCUGAGCUCUAUACUCGCUGUAUUUACUACGCCGUGCUGAACUUUAGAACAUGUCAAGUAUGGUCUUUUAGCGACAAUGUGUGUUUUGUUUUAACUUGAACUCCUGCUUGAACUCAGAAAUUCUUAGGCUCUAUUACCAGCCGCUGUUCGGGAAUUGAGCCCGCGCUCCUUUCCCGAAGGACCGGGAUAGCGACGGAAAUUGAGCCUAAGACAUUUUCCGCAGUAAAUUGCCCUUAAAGGCUGGUUUUCACUAGCGACGGAGUCGGAGUCGGAGUCGUAAGCGGAGUCGUAAGAGCGCUUAUGACCUAGUGAAAAUCAAGAAACGCAGUCGUAAGCGGAGUCAUAAGCGCGACGGAAUCGGAGUCAGAAGAAUCAGAACGUUUCCAUUUUCUUCCGACUCCGCUUACGACUCCGUCGCUUACGUUCCGCUUAUGAUCUAGUGAAAACCAGAUUGUCGGAGUCGGAAGCAGAAGCGGAAGGAUAAGCCAAUCAGAAUGCACGUUCCCACGCUUUGUGGUUGGUUUGGUUCUUCUGCUUCUGCUUCCGACUCCGACAAUCAGGUUUUCACUAGAUCAUAAGCGGAACGUAAGCGACGGAGUCGUAAGCGAAAUCGGAACGCUGUUUUCACUAGAUCAUAAGCUCUACGCUUCUGGUCACGACUCCGACUCCGUCGCUAGUGAAAACUAGCCUUAAGUAAGUAAAUGUGCCAGACCUGUUCCCGCAGGAGACCCUGUGGUUCAAUUUCUGUAAACGACCACCUCCUGAAAGCGUCCGCUUUCCGUAAGCGACCGCUAAAUUUGCGCAUUUUGAGUAAUCGUGUACAGGAGGAACGACUGUAUGCAGAAUUCUUGUACAAUUUUUUACCCAGGUAGUCCAAAGUAUUUCCUGACGGCGUAUGAUAUUGCACUGUUCUUGUCAAUUCCUUCGAUCAUAAUUUUCUUCGUUGUUCUCAGGACAGAGUUCCUAAGACUUGAUCAGGUAAGCCGCUCAACUACUCGAUUAUUCAGUCACUCAGGGGCACCCAACGAGAAUAUAGCUCAAAACCACUUAAACAUAGCAUUGGUCAACGUAUUUUAGUAUUGAAACGGUAGAUAUAGGCAUAUUUUUAUCCCCUAAAAAUUUUUUAUCUGUUCAGAUUUCCUAGCUGACAGUCUAGUGAUCCGAAUAUUAUAGGGAUCAAAACUUACCUUUUCGAAAAUUUCAGCCAGAAAAAAGGCUCCCGAAAAUUCUAGGUUACCUUUUUAAGGUAAAAAUCCGUUUAAAAUAGGCAAUUAUACCAUUUUUUAGAUGUUCGAAAAUACUAGGAGAGAGGCAAGCAAGAAAUUUUACAACAAAUGUUCCGAAAAUUCUAGAUCUCAAAUCAUCUUCCGAACAGAUAUUUUCCAAAAAUGGACGUUGGUUGCCCCUGGUCACUGAACACUGAAUGAACUGUUCCCGCAUUCCUAUAAAUAGGGCACCAACUCGAGGUGUUAUUUUUGCACCCAAUAAGAACAUGUGUUUUCGUUAUAUGUACACUCUUAGCUGCAAUCGACGGUACAUUAAUGACUGACUCAUCCUCGAUUCUGGCUAUUUACAUUGAAUGUCUCGUUUUAUUGAAGUCAGAAUCUUAUAAGAUUGUAUGCGUUUACAUAUUCAUAAACAUGUGUUCCAAUUUUUUUUUUUCAGGAAACGCAGUACAGAGUUAUUGGAGGAGAAGUGGACUCGCUGUUUUCUGUUCAUUCAGAGACAAUAGCUGAAAAUUAG